CAUUGCUCCUGCCUUCUUCCACCUCCACCUACAUUUCCUUUCAUCCUCAUCGUUUUAACCCAGAGUUUUCAGGAAAAAACCAUCCCUCCUCGAUCUUGUUGCGCUGUGGCAGACAUUUGGCCAUGGCGGACGAUCACGAAGACCAGACGCAGCAAGGAGGAGGAGAAGGUAGCAUCAGCAACAAGAACAAGAAAAUAAGGCGCGGCGCGUACGGUUGGCUCCGGUACCGUUGGGUACGGGAGCUCGUACGCGACAAGCAGUGCCGCCUGGUGGAGGUCCCCUACAGCGCCACCCUAGCGGACACCUUCAACGCCCUCCUCGCCAACCGCGUCUCCGCCGUCCCCGUCGCCGCCCCGCCCGGCCAGUGGAUCGGCGCGGGCGGCUCCAUGAUCCUCGAGUCCGACCGCGCCACCGGAGCCGUCCGCAAGCACUACAUCGGCAUGCUCACCAUGCUCGACGUGCUCUCCCACAUCGCCGAGCUCGGCGACCACGACGACAAAAACCUCGACUGUUGGAUGGCGGUCCCGGUCUCCACCAUCAUCGGGCACUCGCUCGAAAGCCUCAGCCUAUGGACUUUGAAUCCCAACACCAGCUUAUUAGAUUGCAUGGAAACGUUGAGCAAAGGAGUUCACCGAGCUCUGGUUCCUGUCGAUAGCCAAACGAAUCAGGCAAUAUCGGUGGAGCUCGUCGAGGAGUCCCCGGGCUACAGAAUGCUGACACAAAUGGACGUGUUGCGCUUCCUGAGAGAACAGAAAAUUGAUCUGAAGGAGAUCUUAUCGCGAAGUGUCGCGGAGCUCGGAGCGAUCAGCGAGAUCGUUUUCGCGGUAGGGAAGCACACAAAUGUGAUGGACGCAAUCAAAUCUAUGAGAGCUGCAGGGUUGAGUGCUGUCCCUGUCGUCGAAGAUCUCCUUGGCGAUCAGAUUCUGCAAGAUGGAAAGGGAAAGAAACUUGUGGAGACAUUUUCAGCAACAGACCUGCGGAGCUGCCCGAUUGCUCUGCUGCAGUCAUGGCUUUCCAUCAGUGUGACCCAGUUCAAAGAAAGGCUCUCUGUCAGGGCUAGUAACGUAACCAGUGCACCCAUGGAUAGGGAUGAUCCCGGCGCAGCAACAAGGCGACUCAUCACUUGCUACCAUGAGACAAGCAUGCUCGACGUGAUCGAUUCGGCUGUGUCGAACCACGUUCACAGGCUGUGGGUCAUCGACGAGGAAGGAUCCCUGAACGGUGUCGUGUCACUUUCGGACAUGCUAAGGGUCGUAAGGGACUCUGUUUUGGUAGUUGAAUAAGAACAGCUGGCCUGUUCAAUAGUAAACAGGGGCACUCACUCGGCUAAGUUAUGUUAUGUUUUGUUGAGGUCACUCACUCAUGACAUAAACAGGAACUUUCUAUGUCUUACAAGAAUCUGAUUCCUUUAAAAGCAUCAGCCUGUAAAGAAAAGUGCUAUUCGACAUGCUUUUUAAGUAAAGAGACCAAUAAGCUAUAUAAUUAUCCAAUCGAAGAGUGUAGAAAGCCAACAUAUGCUUUCGGAGGGAGGAAGUUGUCUGCAUCACUUUGAUUCCCUUUCCACAUUUCCAGUUUCAUUCUGAUGAAGGUUUGCUUGUAUGUAUUGCUUUUGAACUGUGGUGUUUUGACAAAAAGAGGGCAUUUCAAAGCUGCAUUGCUUAAUGGCGAAGAGUUAGGAAGGCAAGAAUGGCAAGCAA